UCUGUUGAAGCAUGACCUAUUAAUGGGCCAUAACCUGUAACUAUAGAGUGCAACGAGAAAAAAAAAAGCUGACACCAUCUGAUUUUUAAGGACAGCAAGCUUCAAACUUAAGAGAGACUGAGAAAUUAUUUCACCACUCAAACUUGAAGUGUGGAGCAAUAGCAGCAUGGCAAAACUGCCUCACCUGUGUUUUCUUCUUUUGUUGGCAGGUCAAGCCUCAGCCCUGACAGCGACCCCAGAGGGACUGAUGGUUAGACAGUAUCCUCCCUCUCUCAGUGUGAUGCGAGGUGAAACGGCAACCCUGUCCUGUCAUUUCAAAGUUGGGUCCCUCAAGUAUGGGGUUCAGUGGUUCAAAGUGAAGCCGGAAAAACAGCUCAUCCCAAAGUCAUCCAGGCUGAUUGCUGUGGAAAAGAAUCAAACCUCCACCCUGGAGAUUACUGGGGUAGCACUGGAGGAUUCUGGGUGGUAUUACUGCCAGGUGAACGUCCUGCAGAAAGACCCAGAGUGGGGAAACGGCACUGAGCUGAUCGUCUUGGCGCCACCCCCUGCUCCCAAAAUUUACCUUCAGAUUCCCCCAGACCCACAGACUGGUCAGUGGGCUCUCCUCUGUCUCACCGGGGGAUUCCACCCCAGCAAGCUCACCCUCACCUGGACCUACCAGAGCACAGCAGCCAAUAUCGAUAACCUGUCAGUCACCAAUUGCACCCUUCCUGCCGUCAACCCUCACAUGAAUCUGUCGCAACACCUUGCCGAUGGAGCCUUGCUGUCCUCCGAUUGGUUGGUGAACUCCAAGCUGCCGCAGCAGCCGGAGUGUUUCCAGUUGAUGGACAACCACAGCCAGGAAGUGUACCUCUUCAGUGUGUUUUUUCUCCCACUGAAACAGUCUUUGGCCACAGGGAUAACCUUCACCUGUGAUGUGCAGGACCACCCUGCCAUGACCACUGCUCUGACUGCCUCCUUCACUUGGGAUGCCUCCCCUAACGAGCUGAUGGUACACUUGAAUAUUCUCAAGAUGUGUUUCCUUUCUGCGAUGACCGUUGUGUUUUUCUUGGAAGCAGUCAAACAUUUCAGCGUGAAGGGAAAAUGAUGUCUGCCAUGAAUCACAAAAUGAAAUAGGAGAGAAAACAAAAACAGGUCCGCUGGAUGUUCGGUGCGGCUCAUCUCAGCAAACCAACUUUUGACAAACAACAUCACAAAGAAUUCAAGUCCAGAGUCAUGACAGCAAACGAGAGUUAAUUCUGAAUUAACAGUUAAUUCUGCACUAUGAAAAUAUGUGUAUCCCCCUUUCUCUCAUAUUUGAAAGUGUCUCCCAGCUUCAAGCCACAUGCUGUGCAUUCUGUUUUGCUUGUAUAUAAUGUGUAUAUAAACAUUGAUGCAUCGCUGAUUCCUUUCUUCACAUCAAAGCUAUUUAUCUCUGUAACCCGUUACCGCUGUGACGUGCUGAGUAGCGUGUUUUUGGAUUUUCUCAUUGUGUCAGUGGCUGGUAGCCCGCAC